UUCCUUUUCUUACCCAGUAAAUAGUAGGGUUUCGAUACGCGCAGGCCGCAACUCGCAACCGGCAUCACCGGCGUUCGUCCCGUUCGUUUCGUACCCCGCAAGUUGGUCGCGCUCCCUCCGCCGUGAAGGCGAGGAGAAACAGGGGAAGCCAAGCACAAGCCGACUCGGCCGCUCGCCUCCCGAAUCCCCCCGAAAACACGCGAAAUCCCCCACCCCCAGACAGAGCAGAAGCAGCUCCCGAAAAGGCGAGGAGCACCGAGAUCGGGGGGCGAUGGUGGUGCGGCGGCUGGGCGGCGCGGGGCGCGCGCUGCUCACGCUCCCCAACAUCCGGAGGCGGGCGACCAACUCCUGGGCCGCCGUCCGCGACACCUUCUUCUCCACCAAGCAAGUGUUCGAGAGCCACCGCAUCGUCUUCACCGUCGGCACCUCCGUCGCCUCCGUCCUCACGGCGUGGGCCGGUUAUUCACUCCGCCAUGUGCAGCAAUCAAGGAUUGACAGGAGGCUUGAGUCAAUUGAAUCUUCUUUGAAGGAUAAUCACAAAGUUGAACAUGAAGAGAUAAAAAAGAUUGUCACUUCCAGCAAUAUUAGCACGCCAGCUUGUGUAGCCACAGCGAUGACCACAAUGGUGGUUGGGUAUGCGCUAGGGUGGCGUGGUGGAGCUUGGUAUGCUCGAAGGGCCUUCCGAAGAGAGCAACAAAAGCUGAUGAUGGGUCACAUGAAGUCACAAGGUAGAUGGCACUGGCGGCCCUUCAAUAGACUUAAAAACAGGCUCAGAAGAGCGUCCAAGAACAAGAGUGAGGACGCCCAUCGAUCGUUGGCUCAAAGCACUGACGCCCCCUCAAGCAGCGGGGCAUCUGCGAACAUUAGCAAUACUGCUCAGCCAGCAGCGGGCAACGCAUGAAGUACAUAGAUGGACUAUGAUGUGUAGUAGCGAGUGCAUAAUAGUCCAUAUGCUUUGCAACAGACCGUAUGACUAGUAGGAGGUAGUGCCAACCCAAUGGUGGUUCAUUUUUGUAGCUUUAAGGUCAUAAUGCACGCAGUUUGCGGAUUCAGCUGUGACACGGAGAAAACUAAUUGAUGGAUUAGAGACAGGGAACCUGUCUACUGCUGCUGGUGUUCAGCUUGCCCGUCCAAGAUAUACUUCCUUUCUGCCAUGCUAUUUUGAGAAUUGAGACAGCAUUGUGGAGCCAGAUGUUUUUGGCUUA